CCCGGCGGGGCAGGCGUUUCAGUCGCUCGCUGCCGGGGAGCCCAGCGGCGCUCCCAGCUGCGGUCCUUGGCUCGCCGGCCGGAUCCUCGUCCUGGCCCCGCUGAACGGGCGGGGGGAGCUGCCCCGGCUGCAGGGUCAUGGCAGUAGCUUCCUCGUCCUCCGCCGCCGCCGGCCCCACCGAGUCGCCGGCUUCUGCGCGAGGGACCCCCACCGCCUCCGCAGGCUAGGAGCCACUGCCGCCUCCGAGCUGUGAAGGCUACUAUGUUCCCUCUUUGCCUUCGUCUCCCCGUCCCGCCCGCGCAGGUCCUGCCUCAGUGUCAAGCCAGAAGAGAAGUAAAACGCAACAAAAAUUUAUUAUAUGUGGAAUUCAUUCUUAAAAGAAGAUAAAAAGUGAUUAUUCAGACUAUGGAUCGGAGCAAACGGAAUUCAAUUGCAGGAUUUCCUCCACGUGUGGAGCGUCUCGAAGACUUCGAAGGAGGUGGUGUAGGGGACGGGAACAUGUCCCAGGGGGGAAGAGUUUGGCCCUCCUCAUAUCGAGCUCUUAUAAGUGCCUUUUCCAGACUGACUCGUUUAGAUGACUUCACCUGUGAAAAAAUAGGUUCUGGCUUCUUCUCUGAAGUGUUCAAGGUGCGCCACCGAGCUUCUGGCCAGGUGAUGGCUCUUAAGAUGAACACUUUGAGCAGUAACCGGGCAAACAUGCUGAAAGAAGUGCAGCUCAUGAAUAGACUCUCCCAUCCCAACAUCCUUAGGUCUUGCCAUAACCAGAUGCUUCAUGAUAAAUUUAGAAAUUUACAGGAGUGGCAUCAAAGUUUGAGAACCUACAGUGUUAUACAGGAACCCAGUAGACUUCACAGGUUCAUGGGUGUGUGUGUACAUCAAGGACAAUUGCAUGCACUCACAGAGUAUAUCAACUCUGGAAACCUGGAACAGUUGCUAGACAGUAACCUGCAUUUGCCCUGGACUGUGAGGGUGAAACUGGCUUAUGACAUAGCAGUGGGCCUCAGCUACCUUCACUACAAAGGCAUUUUCCAUCGGGACCUCACAUCUAAGAACUGCCUGAUAAAGAGGGAUGAGAAUGGUUACUCUGCAGUGGUAGCUGACUUUGGCCUGGCUGAGAAGAUCCCUGAUGUCAGCAUGGGGAGUGAGAAGCUGGCUGUGGUGGGCUCGCCCUUCUGGAUGGCACCUGAGGUUCUCCGAGAUGAGCCCUACAAUGAAAAGGCGGACGUGUUCUCUUAUGGUAUCAUCCUCUGUGAGAUCAUUGCCCGCGUCCAGGCUGAUCCAGACUGUCUUCCCCGAACAGAGAAUUUUGGGCUGGACUAUGAUGCUUUCCAGCACAUGGUGGGAGACUGUCCUCCAGACUUUCUGCAGCUCACCUUCAACUGUUGUAAUAUGGACCCCAAACUGCGCCCAUCUUUUGAGGAGAUUGGGAAGACCUUGGAGGAAAUUCUGAGCCGCCUACAGGAGGAAGAGCUGGAGAGGGACAAGAAGCUGCAGUCCACAGCCAAGGGACUCUUGGAAAAAGGACCUGGGGUGAAGCGACUGAGCUUACUGGAUGACAAGAUCCCUCCUAAGUCCCCACGCCCAAGACGUACUAUCUGGCUGUCUCGAAGCCAGUCAGACAUCUUCUCCAGUAAGCCCCCACGUACAGUGAAUGUCUUGGACCCCUACUACCAGCCACAAGGAGGUGGUGCUGCCCGAGCCCCCAAAAUCAACCCUUUCAGUGCUCGCCAAGACCUCAAAGGUGGCAAGAUCAAGUUCUUUGACCUGCCCAGCAAGUCUGUCAUCUCCCUGGUAUUUGACCUGGAUGCACCAGGGCCUGGAACUACGCCCAUGGCUGACUGGCAGGAGCCCCUGGCCCCACCUGCUCGCCGGUGGCGUUCUUUGCCUAGUUCACCAGAGAUCUUGCAUCAAGAGGCUUGUCCGUUUGUGGGUCAAGAAGAAUCACUAUCUGAUGGGCCCCCACCACGCCUCAGUAGUCACAAGUACAGAGUAAGGGAGAUCCCACCAUUCCGAGCAUCUGCCCUACCAGCUGCUCCAGCCCAUGAGGCCAUGGACUGCUCCGGUCCCCAGGAAGAAAACGGUUUUGGGCCCAGGUCUCAGGGGGCCAGCCCAUGCCUUGCAGGUGCCCCUGAGGAGAUGGAGGUAGAAGAAGAAAGGCUAAAAGACUUGGCUCCAGUCUUUUCUGUCUCAGGCAUAGGCCUGAAAACCCAGGGAGAGCAGGAUGGGUGAGGGGGGUGAAUCCCCACCUCACCUUGGGGACAGACCUUCAGCUGAAGCCACAGGGCCCCCUUGGUGCACAGCUUUGACUCCUCCCUGAGGCCCACAGAGCAUGCAGGCUAAGCCAAGCCAGGCUCAACUUUGGGGCUCCCAGUGUCCGAUGGCUGUGUAUGAGGUGAGGCAGCAGUGAGAGGCUUUCCUAAUUAGGGCCAGCAGCUGAUACCAAGCCUCUGAAAUCCAGCAAGGAACUCUGGCCCCCACCCAGAAAGGACCAGAGGACUCCUAGUUCUAGUGUGAGCUGGCAGGCAGCUAUUCCCCCAGGUCCUUCUCCUACCCCAGGUCUGUCUCUUGCCCUUUCCUGGGGCAUGUAAGCUAUUGGGUGGAACCUGGAGCUGACCAGGAGACCAUAAAGGGCAUGGCUAAUUCUCAGACCUGAAGACUGGGGUGCUUCUUGCCAGAAUGUCUAAGACACUUGAAUAAUUGCUGUUUGCACUUACUGCACAGUCUGACCACGUCACUACAUUUCUAUGCAAGGGGAGGGCAAGGCAGAGUGGUGGUCAUGGCUCUUGGCUAACCUAUUCAAAGAUCUUUUCCAGUUGAUUAAUCUAUUUUCAUAUUUAUGAAGGAGUCUUAAUGUUCUGCCCUAUAAAACUUUCAACCUUGUGGUUGGGAGUGGGGCUGGUUUUGUAGGCCCUAGGGCCUGCUCUAUGUAUUUGUCAAUACGUGAUACACCCAACUGGUUAAAUGGUUUAUACAUAGACUGAUUUCUUCCCUUUCUGCUACAGCUGGAGCUAUGGGAACAGUCUGUGCUUAUAGAGCCGCAAUAAGAAAUAACCAAAGAUGAAGCUGGUCAAAUAUUUUCAUAUCUUGUUUCUGUUGAUUUUUUUUUUUUUUGUAAAACUUUC